AUGUUUCAGCGCCUCAAGGGCGUCAUAGACAGCCACAUUGCAGAAGAGCAAGCGCGACAACGUCAGGCUGCUAACAGCGCCCAAGCGGCACGCCCUCCACAGAAACGGCGCCCACAGGCUCAGAAUGGUAGCCGCCAAAGAGCUGGCUCCAGGCUGAGAGAACAGCAAUCCAAUGCCUCGACCGACGAAGGGCCAGACCCCUCUGAGUUCGAACCGGAGUUCGCGAUCGGAGACGAUGACAGCGCAGUCCCAAGCAGGGCGGCCACCCCGAAGCCUGAAGGGACGGGCAAAGAGAAGGAGCAAGCCAAGGAGAAAGGCACAUCAGCGUCUGAAGAUGGCUUGGACACACAAAGUCUCGCGGAGUCCGCUGACGGCAGAGUGUCAGAUGUCAAUGGAACCGCCACUGCCCCCUUGCGUCCUCAAGAUCUCCCUACUGAGGUCCGUGUGAAGCUGCGAAGACUCGAUCGGAUGGAAUCAAAGUAUGCAGAGUUGUUGAAAGCCUACAGAACGGCCCAUGCACGGAUACAAACUGUCGAGUCUUUCGAAGCCUCACUGCGCGAGAACACUCCGCUGACGAGCAUCAAUGACCCGGGUGCUUUGGUCGAGUAUCUGAAUCAGAUGAACCUGAAAAGUGACAUGGUUGUGGACGAGUUGAAACGAGUAACAUCUGACAGGGACGACUACAAGAAGAAAUUCCAGGCCGCCGAGGAAGAAUCUAAGGGACUGCGAGAAGAAAUGACUAGCAUGAAGAGCAAGCUCGAGACAUUAUCUCAACAGAAGGCUUCUGAGGGCGAGAAGAACUUUUCGAUCGGCAGUCCGCAUAUUACGGCAGAUGGCGACAAUGCUUCCCUGAAGGAAGCGGCGGAAUCAGAACAAACUGCCAAAUCUCCUGCGAGUACCGCCUCCCGGAUUGCGAGCUUCUCAUUAUUCUCCCCACGGCAGAAAGCAAUGUCCCCGCCGAAGGAAACCUCAGAAGAAUUCUUCUCAUUCGAGUCCGAACAAUCCAAAAUGGAAACUGAGUUACAUGAAAGUCAAGCAGAGGUGGAAGACUUGAAGAAGCAACUCUCCAGUCUACAAGGAGAUCUCAAGGUUGCUCGCGAAUCGACCGAAGGCAUGGUGGAAAGUCUAGAGACGGCGACUCGGGAGCUCCACAAUCUCCGUGAAGCAAAAGACAAGUUUGACGAGACUAAGAAUGAGUUGCAGAACCGUGUUAGCGAGUUAGAGGCCAGGGCUGCCUCGAAUACUACGCGGACGGAUGAGCUUCAGAAGGAGAUUGACGAGCUACAAGCGCGGAAGCUUGAGGCGGUUGCGCAAGUCCAAUCGCUAGAAAGCCAGAUUAAAGAGCUUGAAGCGACAAAUACCGAACUUGAAGGGCGGAUCGUCUCCAGAACCAAGGAUGCGGAGCUGCUCAAUGAAAAGCUGUCACAGAAAGACUCUAUUGUGAAGGAUCUCGAAGAUACUUUGGCAAUGUACAAAUCUGCAGAGAGGCAGGAAGCAGCAAGGAGCCCAGAUGAGGGAUCGAGCGCAAAGAAGCUUGCGACGAUGCAAGGGAUCAUGGAUUCCUUACGAAAUCAGCUGGACAAAGCCGAAACGACAGUUGCCGAAUUGAAAGCCGAGAUUCAGUCUACCAGGGAAGAGUAUUUACACCGACCUUCUACCAAAGUCUUCGGCUUCCUUGACGAGGGGAUAAAAACCAGACUUGACACCUUACAGACGCGCGAAGAUGUUGUGCAGUAUCUGUCGGAAAACUUUGGCCUGCAAAGGGCUUCUUCAACCAAGGCUGUCACAGAGACAGCGACGGCUUCUCCGGCGCCAUCAGAAGCGGGUACAAGUGCUUCGAAAAAGAAGAACAAGAAAAAGAAGAAGGGCAAAGGCCAGCCGCAGGCCGCUACAGAUGAUGCAUCAGAAACUGUAACACCAGUCAAAGUGUCUGAAAAUUUGGCCGAAGUGGAUGAUAUCGAUGCUAGCGUAGAUGACAAACUACCUGCGGCUGAUGUUUCCAAGCUGGAACAAGAGAUCUCGGAGCUCAAGGCAGAGCUAACAUCCAAAGAAGAUGCCAUCAAGCGCCUUUCCAAACAAUUAAAAGACCAAGAAGAGUUGCAAGAAGAGAUCGAGACCUUGCGAGACGACCUCUUACAUCAAGGUGAAGAACACGUUGAAGCUCGUGAUGCAUUGAAGGAUGCCCAAGUGCAGAAAAAUAACCUUCAAGAUGCCGUGGAUAAACUUGAAAAGGAGCUGCUGGAAGCUCGAGCAGCCAUCGCAGGUGGCGCGGAUAGGGAGAAGGCACACAAGGAGAUAGUUCAGCAAUACGACGAACUCAAAGUCCGAUGUUCCAAACUGGAGAACGAUCUUUCUGCUUCUGAGCAACUCGCAGCGGGCCGAUUCAAGGACAUCACUGAUCUCAAGGAACUGCUCGCCAAAUCACAACCUGAGCUGAGAAACCUCCGCAAUGAGGUCGCAGAGCUCAAAACCGCAAAGGAAGAUCUCAAGAACAAGACCGGCGAGUUUAACAGGCUCGAAGCACGACACGAAGAUAUCAAAGCUGAGCUUAAGGGGCUGAGCAAGAGACUCGGCGAUAAAGACAAUGAAAUCAAAGAACUACAACAGAAGAUUGAGCAGGAGAUCAGUGCUAGGACCCGGAUGGAAAAGGAUCUUGACAGAGCAAACUCUGAUCUCCAAAUGGCGGAGAGCCGAUAUGAAAAGGCUACAGCCCGGUCAGACCAACUCAGCAAAGACCUUGAGAAAGCAAAAGAAGAGUCGACGACACUCAAAACCAAGCUAUCCGACCUUGAGGAGCAAGUAUCGGUUCAGGCGCGUCAAAUUUCCGAGUUGAAAGACGAAAUAUCCCUCAAAACAGCCUUGCACACCUCCGCACAAGCCCUAGUCCAAUCUCUCCGUGACCAAACCCAUGAACUCAAUAUGCAAAGCCGCGAAGCCACUACACGCGCCGAGAACCUCGAAGAGGAGCUCAAUGAAACACAGAGAAUGCUCUCAGAACGUACGCGCGAGGGGCAAACCAUGCGCAUGCUGCUGGAUCAAUCCUCGGCAGGUACGGAAUCCCGGAUCCGAGAAAUGAAGGAACGCAUGGACGCGGCUAUUGAAGAGAGAGAUAGGGUGGAGGAUGAGGCGAGCGUCAGCCAGCGACGCAUGAUGCGCGAGGUCGAAGAGGCGAGGAGCAAGGCUCGUGAUGCACAACGAUCGCUCAAGGUUUUGGAGGAUGAAAAGGAAGAGCUAGAGAGCAGGCUAAAGGAGUGGAAGAGGAGGAGAGAAGAGCUGGAGCAAAGUGCAACAAGGGCGGCGCGGGAGGUCGAAGAGGUGAAAGCUGCCAUGACAGGGUUGAGAGAGGCAUUGGAUGACAGCGAGCGGCAGGUCAGGGACCUUGAUGCGCAGAAGGCCGAGCUGCGGAGGAUAGGUGACGACGCCAAAGAGAGGGUCGAGAAAUUGACAAAAGCGAACAAAAACCUGACGGAGGAACUGAAGGCGGCUCAAGCCAAUUCGAGAAUACCCGGCAGACCACCUAACCUAGGUCGAGUGGACUCCAAUGCGCCGAGCUCCAGGACGUCUAUCGACUCUGCCAACAAUGCGAGGUCUCCGGCGCCGAAAGAACGAGCUGAACGAGGAGUUCUCUCCACGACGACCAGCCGCAGCGAGACGCCCAAUACAAUGGCGGCAGGAGCAGGAGCAGGAGCACCAGCAGCCGGUCUGAGUCAGGGAACUGUCGACUAUGUGUACUUGAAGAAUGUGCUGCUGCAGUUUCUGGAGCAAAAGGACAAAGGGCACCAGAGGCAGUUGAUCCCCGUUCUGGGCAUGUUGUUGCAUUUUGACCGGAAGGACGAACAGAAAUGGAUCGCGGCAAUUUCGACGCGGUAA